CAACUUUACCGGUAGUCACCGGUUAAUCGGUUUUCCUCCACGCUCCUCUUAUAAUGACCAGUUCCGACCGUUGGCCCCCUCUGAAAAGACUUCUGAUCAUUGCUACGACAUACAACGAUAUCCCCAGAGAAUAGAGCGAGAAAAUUCUCAAGAAAGACCGAGGAAAUAUCAAAGAUAUCUUCCUUUUGUUUGUUCUGGAAUGAAAUUGGAAAAUGGUUGCUGAAGCAGAGAUUGUGUGCCAACAGAGCGCGACAGUGUUGGACGUUCAGUGUAUCUCAGCCUCUCAAACGGACUUAUAUACAUGAGAUUUGGGGUCUCAUACUUGGUAUACAUGAGAUUCGGCUGAUGGGUUUGUGUUACUUUUCAAUCUGAAAGCUAAGGAUAUUAAAGGCACGGACAAAGUUCUAGUUGCAACUCUUGAAUCUUCCACCCUGCCAUUUAUGCCUACUACCCGUUCUGGUAGCUUUGCUGACAUUGGUCCUCGAAGAUACAUGGAAGAUGAGCAUAUCCGUAUAGAUGAUCUAUCCUCGCACUUAGUAUCAGUUCUUAAGUUUCCCGAACAAAGUGCCUUUUAUGGGGUAUUUGACGGUCAUGGAGGGCCUGAAGCAGCAGCUUAUAUAAGAAAGAAUGUUAUUAGACUCUUUUUUGAAGAUGUCGACUUCCCCCAAGCAUCCGAAGUUGAUGAAGUUUUCUUAGAGGAGGUUGAGAAUUCACUACGGAAAGCAUUUCUUCUUGCUGACCUGGCCUUAGCAGAUGACUGCGGUGUGAGUAGUUCCUCAGGGACAACCGCUCUUACUGCUUUGAUAUUUGGAAGGAUUCUCUUGGUUGCCAAUGCUGGUGACUGCAGAGCAGUUCUCAGCCGGAAAGGAGUGGCAAUUGAUAUGUCUAAAGACCAUAGACCCAUUUAUCCAUCAGAAAGGAGGCGAGUUGAAGAGUUGGGUGGUUACAUUGAGGAUGGGUAUCUCAAUGGUGUUUUAUCAGUUAGUCGAGCCUUGGGGGACUGGGAUCUGAAGCUCCCUUCCAUUUCUUCUUCCCCUCUCAUUGCAGAUCCAGAGUUCCAGCAGAUGGUCCUGACUGAGGACGAUGAAUUCCUCAUCAUAGGGUGUGAUGGUAUUUGGGAUGUGAUGUCAAGUCAGCAGGCAGUUAGCCUUGUUCGUUGCGGGCUAAGUCGGCAUGAUGACCCAGAGCAGUGUGCAAGGGACCUUGUCAUGGAAGCCUUGCGUCUCAACACAUUUGACAAUCUCACUGUGAUUGUUGUAUGCUUCUCUUCUUUUGAUCACUGGGAGCUAUCACCACCUCGGCAACCAAAGUUGAGGUGCUGUAGCCUCUCUGCAGAGGCAAUUUGUGGCUUGAGGAGCUUGUUGGAUGGCAGUGCCAGCAGUUGAACGUAUUUUUUCGACUAAACUCAAACUGUUUUUGGCUGCUUCAGUUAGAUGGGAGAAAAAGCAGCAAGCAGUUUUGUUGGUGCUGAUUAUUUAGCUAUAUGUUGUUGACUCCCGGCUUAUGUACAUAACCAGCUUAUGCUGAUGUUGAUGUAGCGAUGUUCUGUAUUGAUACAUUGUGUGUCCAAAGUGCCCUGCUUUCUGAGAUAAUCCAUUUUUCAUUUGUGGUGUGUACCUUUUGUAUAUUCUUAAUAAAAGGUCUUAAUUUCUUCCUUGCU